AUGGCAUCCCCUCGUGAGAGAAACAACACCAAGUACGCCUCCGACGACGAGACUUCGGAAGCUCCCAGCGAACAGCAGCAGGAGAAGCCCCAACGUCGCCAGAACCGCAGCAAGAGCAAGCAGAUGCAAAAGCGUCAGCAGGGUGGCCAGCAGCAGGGCGGUCCCCUCGGCGGCCUCACUGAUGGCGGUGUUACCAACGGUGUCCAAAACACACUAGGCAAUGUUGCUGGUGGUGCCCUGGGCGGUGGUGGUGGUGGCGGCGGCGACAAGAGCGAUACCCUGCGGUUGCGUCUGGAUCUCAAUCUCGACAUCGAGAUUACGUUGAAGGCGCGCAUUCACGGUGACCUCGAGUUGGCUCUCUUGUAA